AUGAUUGAAACAUGUUCAAAAAGAUGCAUGUUAAUAGGGACAGUUUGUUUAGGAGUAUUAACUAUUGUCAUACUCAUUCUAGAAUCACAAUUAGCUGAAACACUAUCUGGAAACCACAAAAUGAGGAAUAAAACAUUUCCAACUGAAAACAAUUCGACAUGCUGGAUGCAUCAACCCUAUAAAAUAAUUAGUGAAUGUCAUCCUUGCUCAGAUUUUGAAAUUCGAAGUAAGAGUAUAGGAGUUUGUAUACAUACAAGUUUUAAGGAAAUAUUGAAGUGUGAAAAUGGUGAAACAGUCACUAGAAGUUGUGAUCGUGUUGCUUAUUUGGAAGAAAGGGCAUUCUGGAAAUUCACUAUAUGGUCAUUUGUACUAGGAACAGCAUCAUCUGUAGCUGUAAUGUUAAGAACGAGAGUACUUAAUCACAAAGCUAAAAGAAGAGCCCGGCAAGUAUUAGCAAAUGGAUCAAUAUAA